AUGGGAAACAGCUCUCUUUGGGAUGACCUGAACAGUACCUGCAGCCAUGCAGGCAACAGCUGCUACCUGAACAACAGCAUGAGGUUCAACUUAACCUUCCAAGAGCAGGCAGCUGAUUUCUACAUUGUCCUCCCUGUGAUUUAUUCUGUGAUCUGUGCUGUUGGGCUCACAGGCAACACUGCUGUCAUCUAUGUGAUCCUCAAGGCCCCCAAGAUGAAGACUGUGACAAACAUGUUCAUCCUGAACCUUGCUAUAGCAGAUGACUUGUUCACACUUGUCUUGCCCAUUAAUAUUGCUGAACACCUCCUCCACUACUGGCCCUUUGGAGAAGUCCUCUGCAAGGUCAUCUUGUCCAUAGACCACUACAACAUCUUCUCCAGCAUUUAUUUCCUAACAGUGAUGAGCAUAGACAGGUAUCUGGUAGUACUGGCUACAGUCAGGUCCAAGAGGAUGCCACAUCGUACGUACCGAGCAGCCAGGAUUGUCAGUUUGUGCAUCUGGAUCCUAGUCACCAUCAUAGUUCUCCCUUUCAUCAUCUUUGCCAAUGUCUACAUAGACGACCUAGAGAUCAAAAGUUGUGGUCUCAAUUUCCCCAAGCCCGAAAGGUUUUGGUUCAAAGCCAGCAGGAUCUAUACCCUCCUCCUUGGCUUUGCCAUUCCAGUAUCCACCAUCUGCAUCCUUUACACCAUGAUGCUCUACAAGCUAAGGAACAUGCACUUGAACUCUAAUGCUAAAGCCCUGGACAAAGCCAAGAAGAAAGUCACUAUUAUGGUCUUCAUAGUCCUAGCUGUGUGUCUCUUCUGUUGGACCCCCUUCCACUUGGCCACCAUUGUGGCUUUGACCACUGACUUGCCCCAGACCUCCAUGGUCAUCGGUAUAUCCUACUUCAUCACCAGCCUAAGCUAUGCCAAUUCCUGCUUGAAUCCUUUCUUGUAUGCUUUCCUGGAUGACAGUUUUCGGAAAAGUUUCAGGAAGAUGCUGGAAUGCAGAACUUCUUGA